ACACGCUGCGCUCCCUGAGUCCCUGCGCACGCUUCCAGCGGGACACACAAAUAGUCGUUUCUUCGAGACUGUGUGUGACCAGGACCAGGCUGUUAUGAUGAUGGACUCUGUGUGUGUGUGUUAGUGUCCCAACUGUAGAGGGUCGACAGUGAAGCCCGGGAAGAAGUUUCGGUCCAAAAUCCUGGACUCCUCCUUUGUUACACUUAUCCUGUAGAGAAGUUCAACAGUUGGAGGUGGUGAAGGUCUUAUUUACGCCGACAGCCGCCGUCACUUUGGCUCGUUUGUCUCUUGGAGGAAGCUGAAGGACCCGUGAGCCCCACGCUGAUCACCUGUGAAGAGGUUUUCUACCAUGACUUCCGACAAAAACAAAGUGGAGGAUGAAGCGGUCGUGGACAGAGGAGCAACCUUCGUCAAACACGUCUGUGACGAAGAGGAAGUAGAAGGUCACCACACUGUAUACAUUGGAGUGCAUGUUCCAAAGAGUUACCACCGCCGCAGAAGACACAGGCGCAAGUCGAGUCACAAGGACAAGCGGGAGCGAGUGGAUCAGAACGCGGAAGGAAACAGGUCGGAUGGAGAGACCACAGAUGACGUCUCUACAAGCAUCCUCAAGCCUCUCAUUUCUACAGCUGACAGGAUCAAGUUUAUGCUGGGAGAGGAGGACGAUGGUCCGCCACCCCCACAACUCUUCACGGAGCUGGACGAGCUGCUGUCUGUGGACGGGCAGGAGAUGGAGUGGAAGGAGACGGCCAGGUGGAUCAAGUUUGAGGAGAAGGUGGAGAAAGGAGGUGAGCGCUGGAGUAAGCCUCACGUGGCCACGCUGUCCUUGCACAGUCUGAUGGAACUCAAAGCCUGCAUCGAGAAGGGAACCAUCAUGCUGGACCUGGAGGCGUCCACUCUGCCGCAGGUCGUCGAGAUGAUCACUGACAGGCACCUUGAGUCGGGUCAGCUGAAGGCAGAGCAGAAGGAGAAGCUGACCUACACCCUGCUGAGGAAGCAUCGCCAUCAGACCAAGAAAUCCAACUUGCGUUCCCUGGCAGACAUUGGCAAAAGCGUUUCCAGCGCAAGCAAACUCUUUUCUUACCCGGAGAAUGGGAGUCCGUCAACCGCCCAUCGAAACCUCACCUCCAACAGCCUGAGUGACUUCUCUGACAAACCCGAGAAGGAUCAGCUGAAGAAUAAGUUCAUGAAAAAACUGCCACGCGAUGCAGAGGCGUCAAACGUGCUCGUUGGAGAGGUGGAUUUCCUGGACGCUCCCUUUGUUGCAUUUGUCCGGCUGCACAAAGCCGUCAUGCUCGGGGCCCUGACUGAGGUCCCCGUGCCCACGAGAUUUCUCUUUGUGCUUCUGGGCCCCAAAGGGAAAGCGAAGUCGUAUCAUGAGAUUGGAAGAGCCAUCGCCACCCUCAUGUCAGAUGAGGUGUUCCAUGACAUUGCCUACAAAGCCAAGGACAGGCAGGACUUACUGGCUGGAAUCGACGAGUUCCUGGAUGAGGUCAUCGUGCUGCCCCCUGGCGAGUGGGAUCCUAACAUCAGAAUAGAGCCACCCAAAUCUUUGCCAUCUUCAGAGAAGAGGAAGAACAUGUACACUGGAUCAGAGACGCCUCAGAUGAACGGUGACACCCCCCACGAUGCCGGUCAGGGAGGAGGAGGCGGCCACCAAGUCGGGGAGGAACUUCAGCGUACCAGAAAGUUCUGUGGCGGUCUCGUCCUGGAUGUGAAGCGCAAGCUGCCAUUCUUUGCCAGUGACUUCCACGACCCUCCGCACAUUCAGUCUCUGUCAGCAAUCCUGUUCAUCUACCUGGGCACGGUCACCAACGCCAUCACGUUCGGAGGCUUACUGGGAGAUGCUACGGAGAACAUGCAGGGAGUGUUGGAAAGUUUUCUGGGCACGGCGCUGACGGGAGCAGUGUACUGUCUGCUGGCUGGACAACCGCUGACGAUUCUCAGCAGCACAGGCCCGGUGCUGGUGUUUGAAAGACUCCUAUUCAACUUCAGCAGAGACAACAGCUUCGACUAUCUGGAGUUCCGGCUGUGGAUCGGUCUGUGGUCGGCGUUUUUCUGCCUGGUGUUGGUCGCGACGGACGCCAGCUUCCUGGUGCAGUACUUCACCCGUUUCACCGAGGAGGGUUUCUCUGCGCUCAUCAGCUUCAUCUUCAUCUACGACGCUUUUAAAAAGAUGAUAAAGCUGGCCCACCACAACCCCAUCAACAACAACUUCGACCCCGAGCUUGUCACGCUCUACGACUGUCGAUGCAUGCCCCAAAACUCGUCACAGGUCCUUGACGUUUCUCCGUGGACAAAUAGUACCGACGUGCCAGGAAACGCCACCUGGGAGUCUCUGACCAGGCAUCAGUGUCUGGAGUUUGGAGGGAAGCUGGUGGGAGAAAGCUGUGGCUACGUGCCUGACAUCACCCUCAUGUCCAUCAUCCUGUUCUUCGGCACCUACAUCUGCUCCAUGGGUCUGAAGAAGUUCAAGACCAGCCGCUACUUCCCCACCACAGUAAGGAAGCUCAUCAGUGACUUUGCCAUCAUCCUGACCAUUCUCCUCUUCUGUGGCGUGGAUGCCUUGAUUGGCGUGAACACUCCGAAGCUCAUUGUGCCCAGUGAAUUUAAGCCCACAAGUCCACUGAGAAGCUGGUUUGUUUUUCCAUUUGGAGGAAACCCCUGGUGGGUGUACCUGGCAGCCUCACUGCCCGCCCUGCUGGUCACUAUUCUGAUUUUUAUGGAUCAGCAGAUCACUGCUGUGAUCGUCAAUAGGAAGGAGCAUAAACUGAAGAAAGGUGCAGGCUAUCACCUGGACCUCUUCUGGGUUGCCAUUCUGAUGAUUGUCUGCUCCUUCAUGGGUCUGCCGUGGUAUGUGGCAGCUACUGUCAUCUCCAUCGCUCACAUCGACUCCCUGAAAAUGGAGACCCAGACGUCAGCUCCUGGGGAGCAGCCCAAGUUCCUGGGGGUCAGGGAACAAAGAGUCACUGGCAUCUGUGUCUUUCUCCUCACAGGACUCUCCGUCUUCAUGGCUCCCAUCCUAAAGUUCAUCCCCAUGCCUGUUCUCUACGGUGUGUUCCUCUACAUGGGCGUGGCAUCACUUAAUGGAGUUCAGUUCAUGGAUCGCCUCCUGCUGGUCCUGAUGCCAGCCAAACACCAACCCGACCUCAUCUACCUGCGACACGUGCCCCAGAGACGCAUCCACCUCUUCACCUUCAUCCAGGGCCUGUGUUUGGCUCUGCUCUGGAUCCUCAAGUCCACAGUGGCUGCCAUUGUCUUCCCUGUCAUGAUCUUGGCACUGGUGGCUGUGCGCAAGGCCAUGGACUACGUGUUCUCCCAGCAUGACUUGAGCUACCUGGACGACGUGAUCCCUGAGAAAGACAAGAAGAAGAAAGAAGACGAGAAGAAGAAGAAUAAGAAGAAGAAGGGAAGCAUCGACAGUGACGCAGACUUUUCUGACUACCCCUACCACGACAAAGUCCCCAGUAUAAAAAUCUCCAUGGAUAUGAUGGAGAAGGAGCCCAUGCUGGGGGAUAAGUCCUUGAAUAGUGAUGAGUCGCAAAACAUCCUUAACCCACAUUCGCCGUGCUGAGCAUUACUUUGAAUCUCCCACCGUGGCCGAUCUUGAGAGGAGUUCCUGCACAAAAUGUCCGCCUCCGAUUCGAAAAGGCUCCAAGGACAACGGUUUCUUCUGGAAGAUGGCCUCAGAAACCCACUUGUAAAAAGAAAAACACUACAUGACAAAAGGUGAACUUCUGCCCCCCUGUGGUACUGACUGGGACAGGGUGGAGGUUUCCCUUUUUGAAUUGAAACAUUUUGUUGGUACUGACUUUGUUUUGUUUCCUCUUCACCUGCGGGCUUUUCCCACAGGAAACCAAAAGGGCUUAUUCAAGUCACCAGUAUGCAGUUUUUUAUGAGUACAUAUCUUCAUACUUAGAUGUACAAUAAUCCAUGGAGCGUAUUACUUGAUGUAUAUAGAGGAUUCAGUAGAAAAUAGAAAUGGUUUUACAAAAGGCACAAUAGUUUUUUUUAACAAUACAAAUAUCCAAACAUGUUUAAAUAGUCUCUCUCUAACUUCAGCAGCCUCAGAUGUUUUUUAAAGUAGAUUUUUCAAAAUUUCUUCUGGAACCUCAACUACUGCCAUUUGAAAUAUUCACCAUUAAGAGCUGUUGACGCAUGUGACACGGCCUCCGUUCUGUAGUAAACAAAGGGCUGCCGAAGGUCGGCCAUGUUGGUUCAUCACCAGCAAUUCAUUCUCUGCUGAAGGUCUAACGUUCAAACAAAAUAUCAACUGGAACUUCUUUUUUUUUUUGUUAAAUGAUUUGCUUCCACUUUUGUUAGAGCAGUAAUCCACUAACUAUUUCUUCUUCUACUGUAUUUCAACAUCUGUGAUGCAAACCUUUUUUCGUGUUCUCUCCUGCCGACAGUGCGUGGGAUCUUUAAACCUCGUUCCCUCCUUUUUAAACUGACGCUUAAGAUAUUUUUAUUUUGUAAAUGUGAAAUAUUUAUGAUUUUAACUUUGUGAUUUCUAAUUUCAACAAAUAAUCACUUUUGUUGUAAUCCUCAAGCAACGACAAUCGGAAAGAAGUACCACUUCUGACCACACGAUAAUCACAACAUUUUGAAAAGGUGACAGAUUUAAAUUUUAAAUAUUAAACGCAGUCAGAAUUCAACACUCGACAGUUGUUGUUUUUUACGUUAAAUUUAAUGUGAUCUUAUUUGAAAUUGUUAAUGAAGUAAACAAUCAUAUAUUUGUUUUUUAGUGUUUGUGUGUUUUUGUUUUUUUUGGGGUUUUUUUUUUUGUUAUUGAGUUACUGCAAUGUUUUGUUUUUUUAAUCCUGGAAAAAGAACUACUGCAAUACUGUGUUCAGUGAAGAAACGUGUACGGCAAACACAUUUUCAUCAGCGUGUCUGUCCAGAGUUGUUGUUGUUGUUGUUGGUUUCCAGAUGAGGGCUUGGUAAUCAUGCUGACUUAGUUAAUAAUCCACUAGGUGACACUGUGAAGAUCAGAAAUGUUGACCACCUUGUCUUUCCUGUGUGAUGUGUAUUCUGAUUUUUAUUAUGAGUAUUAUGAUUUAUCUCUGAAUCUCAAUCCUAUACCAGCAUCUUUGGAGUAAUUUCUAAAAUUAAGAAGUUACUGAGAAGGAAACGGAUGAAAGUGGGAAUCUUUUUUUUAUGCAGUAGCAUUUUGAACAAGAGCAAUAAACCAAUGAUUCUUAAA